UUUUAUUAUGGAAAAUACUAAAAAGAUUUUUAGUAUUUUCAAUUUUGAAAAAAAGUCAAAAAAUGAUAAUGAUAAACACCAAGAAUUGAAUUCUGAGGUCGUUGAUGACCCUGAUAUUGAAAUUAUAGAAAAAAAUGUUAUAGUGAAUCAAACUGAUGCUAAUCUUGUCGAAACAUUUCCAUUUCAACACAACAAAAAUGAACUCCAACAUUCUGAUUUAGGAAAUCUUGCAACUGGACCUUACCGUCCUGUUUUAAAUGUGUAUAAACAAACUAGAUUUGGUUCGCAAAACAGAUCGUUUAGUAGCGAAUGGUAUAAACAAUAUACUUGGUUGGAGUAUAGUAUAAAAAGCAAUGCAGCAUUUUGCUAUGUAUGUAGAAUGUUUGCUGAUGAACUUAUUGACGAAGUUUGGACAAAUAAAGGAUUUUCGAACUGGCAAAAACUUAAUGAAAAACUGAAAAAACAUACCAAAACAAAGCGACAUUUAGUUUGUCUAUCUAAGAUGAAUGGCUACUUAGCUUGUAAGAAAUCUGGUUCUGUUAUGGUGAAGCAGUGUAGCGGCUAUAAGGAACAAGUGGCCAAAAACCGUGCCUACAUUGGUACGCUUAUUGACAUAAUAUUAUUUUUGGGAAAACAAGGUAUUGCUUACCGAGGCCACAGAGAAGAUGCAGAUUCUCUAAAUCAAGGCAAUUUUAAGGAAUUAUGUGGACUUUUAUCAAAUUAUCAGCCAGAUUUCAAAAACAAAUUUGAUGAAGCAACAAAUUAUACGAGCUGGUCUAUUCAAGAUCAAUUAAUUAAAUUGUGUGCAGAAGAUAUAAGAGAAACUAUUGUCAAAGAAAUUGAUAAGAUUGGUUUUUUUGCUUUAAUGUGUGACGAAGCUAGAUGUUAUAGAGAAGAGCAAUUGUCAAUUUGUGUAAGAUAUACCAUUGACUUGGAUGUAUAUGAAAGAUUCUUAUGCUUUGUUGAUGUUUCAAAAGGACAAACUUCCAACAAUAUCGUUACUGCACUGUUUGAAUGUUUUGAAAAACAAAAACUGACUAUGUCCAAAAUCAAAAUAAUUGCACAAUCAUAUGAUGGUGCUAGUGUUAUGUCCGGACACUUACGCGGUGUUCAAUCAAGAAUUAAAGAACACUAUCCAUACGCUGUAUACACUCACUGUAUGGCACACCGCCUUAAUUUAGUAGUUGUAGAUACAUGUAAGACAAUAAAGAGUGCAAAACAUGUUUUUAAUGUGCUUGAAGCAAUAUAUGUACAUUUUUCACAACCAUCAAAAAAUAAAAAGUUAUGUGAAAUGCAAAGCAAUCUAGGAUUAAAUAAAGGAAAUUUAUUAAGAAUAUGUGACACAAGAUGGGUGUGCAGAUAUAAAAAUUGUGUUGCAAUGUUGAAAAAUUAUUCCAGCAUUCUUAAUAUUCUUAACGAUGAAAUUGAGGAACAAAUUGAUAAAGAUGUAGCACGUGCAUUAGGUAUUUUAAGUUCUAUUAAUAAAUUAGAAUUUAUAAUAGUUCUUCACAUAUUGAAUGAAGUGUUAAGCAUUAUAAAUGUUUUAAGCAAUCAACUUCAAUCUAAAUCUGCCACCUUGGGAAAAUCGAGUAGUGUAAUACAAAGUGUGAUUUCUACUUUUGAAAAUCAGAGGAAUGAAGAUGGUUUUUUUAAGCUCUGGGAACAGAUUAAGGAAUUUGCACAGUUAAACCAAAUAACAUUGGAAUUAUCAAACUCUAGAGCAAAAUCUAAACGCAAACGCCAAGAGCCACGUCACUUGCAGAGUUAUAAUCUCGAGACAUUAACUGGAACACAAAGUGAGACAGAAUGUAGAACUGUUGAAGAGCAUUGGAAAAUCAUUUAUUUUCAAAUAAUUGAUGCUGUUAUUGUAAAUUUAAAAUACCGUUUUUCGGAUGAAAGUUUAGUUUUAGCUAACUCAUUAGACCAGUUUAUGAAAAUGGAUUUUGAAAAAGGUUCAUAUUUCAUCAAUCAUUACAAGGAUGUUGUGGAUAUUGAUUUAACAUCAUUGAAAGCAGAAAUGUUGCUGACAAAAAAUUGUUUACAUAAUAGAAAUUUGGAUUUUGAUAUACUUGGAAUAAAGAAAGUGGUGACUGAAGAUGUUUUUCCAAACUUGUUUAAACUUAUUCAAGUAGGAUUAGCUAUUCCUAUAAGCUCAGCUACUUGUGAAAGGUCUUUUUCAUCUAUGCGCCGAAUAAAGAAUUGGCUUAGGACAAGCAUGGAACAGUCAAAAUUUACAGAUUUGUCAGUUAUUAAUAUUGAGAGAGAUCUAAGCAAUAAAAUUGAUAAAGAUAAAAUAAUAAAUAAUUUUGCUAUGUCUCAAAGGCGUAUAUCUUUAGUAUAAUAUUUAAUGAAAAUAAAAAAGGUAUUUACCUGUAUUAUAUAUUUAUUUUUCAAAUAUUAAUAAUUAUUGAUUAAUCAGGUAUUAUUAUGAAUGCAUGAAUGGUGUUAUGAGGGGGGUGUGGGGGGCGAAGCCCCACACGGGUUUCUUUGGUCCACAU